AUGGCGGGUGUGGCGUUGGCGGUGGGUGUGGCGGCUGCGGGAGGUGCGGUGGCAUUGGUGACGUGUGUUGUGGCAUUUUCCUUGGCGGCGUUGGAGUUGGCGUUGGCGGGUGUGGCGUUGGCGGCGGGUGUGGCUGCGGUGGAGGUGGUGGCUAUGGAUGUGACGGUGGCGGUGACGGUGGCGGCGACGAUGGCGGGUGUGGCGUUGGCGGCGGGUGUGGCGGCUGCGGGAGGUGCGGUGGCAUUGGUGACGUGUGUGGUGGCAUUUGCCUUGGCGGCGUUAGAGUUGGCGUUGGCGGGUGUGGCGUUGGCGGCGGGUGUGGUUGCGGUGGAGGUGGUGGCUAUGGAUGUGACGGUGGCGGUGACGGUGGCGGCGACGAUGGCGGGUGUGGCGGUGGCGGUGGGUUUGGCGGCUGCGGGAGUUGGCGUUGGCGGGUGUGGCGUUGGCGGCGGGUGUGGCUGCGGUGGCGGUAAUUGUGGUGGCGGCGACGAUGGCGGGUGUGGCGGUGGCGGUGGGUGUGGCGGCUGCGGGAGGUGCGGUGGCAUUGGUGACGUGUGUGGUUUCAUUUGCCUGGCGGCGUUGGAGUUGGCGUUGGCGGGUGUGGUGUUGGCGGCGGGUGUGGCUGCGGUGGCGGUAAUUGUGGUGGCGGCGACGGUUGUGGGUAUGGCGUUUGCGGCGGGUGUGGCGGCUGCGGCAGGUGCAAUGGCAUCGGUGACGGGAGUGGUUGCAAUUGCCUUGACGGCGUUGGAGUUGUCGUUGGCGGGUGUGGCGUUGGCGGCGGGUGUGGCUGCGGUGGCGGUAAAUGUGGUGGCGGCGACGGUG